AUGCCCAAGCUACCAUUGGUGUUGACGCUUUUUUCACUUGCGUUGACGCUGUUUUUAGCGGCUCUAGACAUAGUUAUUGUUAUCACUUUAUAUGAGACUAUCGGUCAGAAAUUCGGGGACUUCGCGAGUAUUGGAUGGCUGGUAUCGGGGUAUGCACUGCCCAGUGCUCUAUUUACACUGCUAUGGGGUCGUCUAGCGUCCAAAUUUGGACUGAAGACAAGUUUGAUAGUUUCCAUAUUAAUAUUUGAGAUUGGCUCACUGAUUGUGGCUGUAUCUAGGUCAAUGGGAAUGUUGAUCGGCGGUAGGGUCGUGGCCGGUUGCGGCGGAAGCGGGAUACAGUCGCUGGUGUUUGUCGUUGGGACCUCUUUGGUGGCCGAGAGGAAUAGAGGAUUCGUGAUCAUGGUUUUGGGAUUUGCCUUCGCCAUCGCAUUUGCCAUAGGGCCGGUUCUCGGAGGAGCAUUCACAGAACAUGUAAGCUGGCGUUGGUGUUUUUACAUUAAUCUGCCAAUUGGUGGCUUGGCAAUGGCCAUGCUUGCGUUUAGUUAUAAUCCUUCCGACAAAAGUUUGCGAGACACGGUCACCAGCAAGAUUAGGGUGGUACGAAACUACCGCUAUUCGCAGCUUAUCUCGCGCGAGUUUUGGCCUUUUGCAUUUCGUUUCAUUGUUUUUGAACUGGACUUGAUCGGCUUUGCGCUUUCUUCUACCGGUUUUGUCCUAUUCAUGCUGGGCAUGACGUUUGGAGGGAAUGAGUAUCCAUGGUAUUCUGGCACAAUCAUCUCUUAUUUGACGGUCGGUGGAGUACUUAUUUUGAGUUGGUUUCCUUACGAUUUCUUCAUCCUGUACCGGUGGGCUGCUCUCCACAAUAAUGGUGCCCAACCCAUCCCACUUCUGCGGUGGAGUUUGUGCUCGCUUUCCGGCAUGAUAACCACUUCUUUCACCGUUUUUUUUGGCUGCUUUGCUUUCAAUAUGCAAUCAGUUUACGUCGUGCAGUUCUAUCAACUGGUACACAACAGCGGGCCCACCUCCGCAAGUAUGCAUUUGUGGGCAUUUUUGGUGGCCACUAUCCUAUGUAUUAUACUGAUCGGUAAACUAACUUCGGCGAGUGGACAAAUCAAGCCUGUUAUAGUCUUUGGUGUGAUGGUGGGAAUGAUCGGAUCCGGAUUGCUCACUUUAAUCACAACGUCUAGUACCACGGGAGAUACAAUCGGUUAUUGUAUUCUCCCUGGCGCUGCAUUCGGCUGUAUAUUGCAGGGAACACUUUUAAGUGCCCAAGUUCAAAUAGACAGGGAGUCUCCAGAUGUUCAUACUUUAUUCAUUGAAGCAACAGCUUUGAAUGCAUUUUCUAAGUCAUUGGGUAUGGCUUUUGGGGGGAUCGCGGCAACAAUGAUUUUCACAAACUCCGUGAAAGACUUGUUGAAACACACUACGACGAACUUACCCCCAUUUACCAGUAUCGAGGCGUUAAUCGCAUACCGUGGGCAAAAUUAUGAUGGUCCUCAGUCAGCGCUAUCUCGUGUUUUCGUAAAGGGGAUAAAAAAUGUUAUGUAUGCAGCGCUCGGUUGCUACGCCGUGGCACUCUUGUUUGGGAUUUUCACAUCUAGUAAGAAGCUUAUUUUCGCAGUCCAAAAGACGGACGACUUCGAGCGAUCGUCAGCAGAAGCUACCGUCCGCGAAAAAGUGAGCCCUACUGGAGUAGACAGCUCUACCUAA